AACAAUGUUGUUACGGUUUUUCCGUCAUGUAGUUGAAUGUCUUACUGGAGACAAUACCACUGCAGGGUGUUUUUCUGUCUUUGGAGCAUAUCUGAUACAUCUCACCUACGGAUAUCUGUAUUCACUAAGUAAGUAUAUUUGCAGUAUGUCUUUCUUUCUUCACACUAGCAAACAUGGUGCCAUAUAUAAUGGGAUAUCUUAAAACUUACAGAGAUCCAAUGAUUUCAAUUCAGACUUCCGUAUGGUUUUCAGGAAUAUCUUUUGCCUUAUUUGGACUCUGUAUGCCAGUUGGAGGUGUUUUAUCGUGUAGGAUUGGAUAUCGACCAGUUGUAGCUGUUAGCUGCUUUUUGCUGAGUGGUGGUGUUCUACUAACUUAUUUUACAAUUCAGAAAGUGUAUGUUGGAGUCCUUAUGACCUAUUCUUUUCUGUUUGGGACUGGUGUCGGACUAGGAUUCUCCGUCACUUUGGCUGUUGCUGCGACGGUAAAUACCUUGAUACAGAUUUGAUUUAUCCGCAAUACACAGUUCUCUAGCCAGUCACGUAACACAUUUCAGUAAAUUUUAUUUUCAUUCAUGAUUUCAGUACUGAAAGGUUAACGUGAUAUGGACACUUGUUUGAUUUACUAAAUGAUAAUCAACAUACAACAGUUUGUGAUAAAGAGUAUAAUUUUAUAUUCAACGUUUGUUAUAUGAAGUUAGAAAAUUUUCCGUAACAAUGACAGUUUCAAUUCAGUGGUUCUAAAUUCUGCUUUCGACUUAAUUGAGAAAUGUAGAGAAAGAAAAUGUUUACUACGGUUCAGUUGGUGAUAAAAACAUAAGCUUUUAUUUGGAUUUUCACUAGGGUUUUAGUUACCACUGUCUAAAACUGAUGCAUCGGCUCUUUACCAUCUUAAGAAGUAUAAUGUUCUAGGAUAAAAAUACACCUGAUCUUAUGAUUUAUUUAUUUAAAAAACUAGGCGUAAAAUCACUUAUUAAUGCAUUUUUAAAAUUCUCCAAGUACUCCAACGAAUGAAAGUAAUAGUUUCUCGUUUUUAAUAAGUAUGAUGAUGCUUUCAUAGCAAAACAUACAGAGAUUUAUCCUCUUUUGUUUAGUGGUUUCCUGAACAAAGAGGAUUGGUUGUUGGGCUAGUAGUCAGUGGUUACGGAAUGGGAUCCUUAGUAUUCGGUCCUAUUCAAACGGCUCUUAUAAAUCCGCAUAACGUGCGUGUAAACAAUGUAACAAGACAAUUUGACAACAAGGAAAUGCUUGAUCGAUUGCCAGAUGCGUUUCUUAUUCUGGGAGGUAUCCUUCUAGCUACGCAGAUAAUUGGUUUUAUAUUUCUUCGUCCAAAGCCCAAGAUGGAAGCUGUGGAAGAAAUAAAAGAAACCGCAAGUGAGAAAAGUUCUACAAAGUAUGAAACCGAAGAUGAUGAAGUACAAAUAUACAGUUGUUAUCCAGACUCACUGGACGUUACACCAGCCCAACUUUUUCGACAUAUUGAUUUCUACCUGCUAUGGUUCAUUGAACUGUGCAACAGUGUAAUGCUGACGGUCGUAACAUCUGCUUAUAAAUUGUUCGGUCAAACCUUUAUCAGUGACGACCAAUAUUUGACGGCGGCAGUUACAGUAGCCGCUGUUUUCAACGCUCUUGGUCGUAUUUUGUGGGGAUCAGCUGUAGAUCGGUUUUCAUAUAAGAUUCCUCUCCUCAUAAUCAGUUUGACAUGGGCAAUCCUUCUCUUAUCUUUCCCCUUCAUCAGUACAGCAAGUGAAUUUACGGCAAAAGCACUUUUUUGCUUUUAUGGUAUUGGAAAUUUCCUUUUCCUGAGUAGUAUAUCAACAAUUGCACCUGCAACUGUGGGAUCAAUGUUUGGAUGCAAACAUAUGGCUGUAAAUUAUGGGAUAUUAGCAUCCGCACGAACAAUUGGAUGUCCUCUGUGCGCAUUCGUCCUUACUUACAUCAUAACAAAAGAUCCAUAUUUGCUUCAGUUUACGGUAUGCGGGUGUUCAAGCUUAAUAGCUUUUUUCCUCACCCUGUGGAUUGAUGACCACAAGAUACAUCAACGGCUAAACUGUUGUUCACCUUGCAGCAGAACAUGUCAAAGUUUACGAAUUCAAAGAAGCUAAUUACGCUCCAAGCAAUAUACCAACUUUUAAAAGGUUAAAUUACAACCAUACUGCUUUCACGCUUAUAAGAAAUACUGCAUAAUUAUAUCAUUUACUUAUUUAUCACCGUUGUUUAUUUAUACAUGAAUACAUGAGUGGAUACAAUCAUAACAUUUUUUAAGAAUAACUAAUCUUUCUUCAGAUUCUUUGGAAUAUACUUUGAUUAAUAUAACUUGUUAUUGGUAAUCAACUUUUUUAACUUGCGACUACUGUAGUGAUGCAUUUCACGGGAUAUUAUCAUGCACAGUGCG